AUGCGUCGCGGAGCUCCUGGCGGAGAUCCGUACCAAAGGUAUCAAUUUUUUUCCUGUACGGAAUUUUUUGUAACUAUCCGAAAGUUAGCGUAUCAUGUUGUUUCUACUAGAAAAAUGUUAAAUUCAAAACUAGCUCUUCAUUUUCAAAAUUUCCUUUUUUGUACUGUAUCUAUUUUUCUACGGAUCAUUCGCUACCACUCUGAUGUGUUUGCGCUCUCUUUUCUCUCUUAUUUUCCAUUUUCAUUUUUCAGUGAACGGCAAUCUAUAGAGAACGCUGUCUCAAGUCGUUGGGAUGUUAGGAUUUGAUUCUUUGAAAGUUAAUCGAUACUUAGGACCUCCAGAGUGGUCCUUAUAGGGGCAAGCUUAGGGGCCUUUGCAGGGUUCCCUCUAGGGUCCACUUUACCAACACCUAUAGGAGUCCCUAAAGCUUGCAAAAGAGGUCCCUAUGAGGUUUUUAACUAGUGGCCACUAUAGGGCACAUGGUAGUCUUGAAACGAACUCUAAGCGAAGUAGCAUUUCCAUGAGAAAAACUGAAAAAAUGAGCGUUUUUUGAAUGAAAUUGAAAGGCCCCUGUAGGGUCCACUUGAGCUUGAGGGGCCAAGAAGUCAGACCCUAAACCCCUAUAGGGACCACCUUUAUUUUACCCCCAUAGAAACCACUUUUCGGCCCCUAUAGGGGUUGUUUUCCAUCCUAACCCCUAAAGGGACCACUCUGCAAAAAAAAUAAAAAGCUUUUUUGCUAUUUACUUUCAAACGAUGCACUUUGGAAAAAUCUAGAUUUUUUCUGACCUUUUGCAAAAAAAAUAAUCAUUUUUCACAUCCCUCUCCCGUUGUCGAAAUGUGGCGUGCAACCAAAUGUCACUUCGAUUCCCAUACACGAAAAAGGUGAUUCCAUUCGGGAACCGUAUCAUUCUGUUUAUUUCCAAUCGUCGUUUCUCCCCGCCAAUUAUCAAGCCGUUUUGCCUGGCGCCUUGUCGAUAGUCGUUAUUAUUAUGAAGAUUGCCGUUUGUAAUGCUUUCCGUCUCUUUGCCUUUUUAGUGUCUUUUGAAUGGAAUAGUGGAGUUUUGCGCUGUUUUAAAAACAACUCGAAUUUUAAUUUUUAGCUUUUUUUCAAAUGAAAAGAUUAUAAAAACCAUUAUUUCUCAAAUUUUUGUUUGAAUAUUUUUUUACAGUUCUAGAAGUUUUUUUAUAUUUAUCUUUUUUUAUCUAUAUAUAUUAUUUUAAUCUCAAGUCAACCUACCCGAUAUUUUUCUUUUUGAUAAAUACGUAGAGAAUCAACGAUUUUUCUUCCUAACGAAUUGCUGUAGGUCAACCAGCUUUUAUAACCUCAAUUAAUCAAGUUUCUAACUAGUGCCUUACAACAGAAAAGACUUAAGAAUUGGCUUUUUUCUAGGAAAGUUGAAUGGGGUCCUGCCUUUGCGUAAAUGUCACUCAUUAUUCUCUCUUUUGGUUUCACACAUCGCCAAAAAAAGGGCGUGGUCUCGUCCCAAACUUCUCAUUUUGCCAUUUGAAACCGAUACUUGCGUGCCUUUUGGUUUUUCCUCUCAGAAGUUUAGAUUUAAAUUUCCCUGCUGCUUGUUUUUUUGUAUAACUGUCUCUUCUUUGGAAUUAUCUCGUUAAAAGUCAUUUUUCUCAAUCAAAAAUGUCAUGCCCUUGGUUCAAAAGAGCAACUCUUUCCACAAAAAGAACAUUAUCGCGCAAGCUUUUAUGGGCAUGGCAUGUACUGCGUAACACCUUUGUCUCUUGUCACCCGUGAAUUCCAAACCGUACAAUCGCAUCUUUGCUAUUCCAAAAGGAACUGAUAGGGAGACGAUGGACUCGAAAUACAUAUAAGUUGAGGGUUUGUUUGACAAGUUUGUAAUCUUUGCGCGGCUCUACCCACGAGUAAACAAUUGUUCAUUUGGACCUCUUAUUAAUAUUACUGUCAUCAAUAAUUUCAUGAGUAAUCACUUAUUAUCCAGUAGUAGAUACUUCAAAACAGGAUAAUUGAUAAAAAAAACUCUACAAUAUUGAAAAAAAAAACAGUUUUUUUCUUCUGAUUUGUGAAAAAAAGUUUCUGAUGAUUUUUUUGGAGCUUCUCUUAGGCCUGCCGUACUUUAUUAAAGGUGUUUUUUUGAGUGGUUUUUAAGCUUUUCACAAAUUUCAUGGUCAUUUAUGAACUUAAGCUUGCCGGAAUUUUUUUAAUUACUUUUUGAAGAAGAUUGUGAAGCCUGCCAGAAUCAAAUCAUCAAAAAGUUCCCUUUCUAUCACAAAAAGUUUCGAAAAAUCUCAUCAAUUUUUAAAGUUUUUUUGAAAAAGAUCUUCUCGAUUAAAAAAAGUGGGUUUCGAGCUAAAUUAGAAAUAAAAGUUCCUAAAAUCGAAUUUAAAAUCUUAAAAAAAAGUAACCAUUUGGUAGCACACCAGCCAUAGCGCUUCUCUUUAUCUUUUCUCACGAGAUUCUUUUUUUUUUUUUUGAUGUGUCAACCCCCAUUCUGAACGAAACGGAUUGGAGGCGUUAAAACGAUUGAGGCGCCAAAAAGUCGCCGGCUUAUCUAUCAGCUCUUUCUUUAUUAUUUUCGACCUCGGGACCUUGUUUUAGUCGUUCAGCUGUAUUCUCAUUUUUAUUACAGAAAAUAAUUGCAACCAAAUUUUCCGUAUGUUCCAACUGUUGUUAAAGUUUCAGAGUUGAGCUUUGCAGAUUUAUCCUUGAUAUAAAGUCUGAAUAUUUUUCAUUUUUUUUUAAGAUGUGGUUUUUUGAACUUUUUCGAAGAAAUUAAAGACCUUUUUUCCUUUGAUAUUCUUCUCAACAAAACAAAAGCCGAUCGGCAAAAUGAUUAUUGCGGGCGUUUCCUCGCACCAUUUCCUAUCGUCGCCUUAUCUUCUCUUUUUUCAACCGGUAAUUCUGUCGCCUUUUUCUCGCACUUACUCAUUCCUUCAGGAAUUUUUGGGUUGUUUUAUGGUGUCACAUUUUGACGUUCCGAGUUGUUCACUUGUGAGCUUGAAGAUUUUGUUCUUGUGUUUUAAAAAUGCAUUUUUCUUGUUUCAGGGAGAAACUGUAAAUAUUUUUUUCAAGUUUGAACGACAUUUUUGAAUAAAAAAAAAUCGUUGGAACUAUCUUCUAAGGGUCCCUCUUUUUGCAGUCGACCCUCGCCGGGUUACUACUACUCGCGACCAGGUGGUAUCCCUGCCGCUGCGCCGUCACCAUCAUACUCUCAACAGUCGCGAGCACCAAUGUCUCAACCUAUUGGUGAUUUUUUUUUGAGUUUUUUGAGAGUCGACCUGAUUUGAGAGCGUUUAGGUUAAUAUUCAAGAAGAAGAAUUUGAAUUUUAUGCGUCAACUAAUGUAUAGGAUAUUCUAUCAAGCCUUGGUUUUCACACAAUUAUGAAUUCGACAGGUCGACGAAGCGCUGACUACCGCGCCGAGCCGCGAUAUGAGCGCGACGUCCGUGAGCACGGCUUCGCGAGUGCCGAGCCGCGACUUGAGGACAAUACCCCGUCGUACAACGUCGAGCAUUUGGCGACGUUCGCCGUGGGUCGGCAGUUCGGGCUGACCGUGCCGGCGGAUGGAAUCCGAAAGCUCAAACAAAUGGAGAAGAACUCGGCGAUCUGGGCCCAGCCGCUCAUUCUUCGGUUUCGGCAGAACAUCGUCACUGUCGAGGAUGAGAAUGGGGUACGGUCUUAAAAGCAUUACCAUUAGAAGAAGUAGUAAGGCUAGAACGUUCAUUUUUCGAACUCAUGCAUCGGCUGGAUCACACCCCAGCCAUUUGCGCGCGAAAAAAAAAUUUGAAAAUGUACUGAGGGGGUAGGUUGCAUCCUGGGGUGGAAUCCAGCUGACUUAUGUUCGAACUUCAUAAUAAUCUUGAGAGUCCGCCACGACUUGACAGUUUUUUCGCAUGUCUACGUUUCUCUGUUCCCUCACCGGCGAGGUCAUAGAAAAGCGAAAAUAGCGCAUCCACAAGAGAGGGUCAUCGAGAGACGAGGAGGGCGGAAGUCCCGCCCUUUCAAGUCGCGAAAAACGGGCUAUAGAUGUUUCCAAGAUCACAGCUUUUUGAGGCUGAAAAAAAAGUUUUAGAAGAGCUUAGUCAUGGUUUUUCAAGUCAUCUCAGCUCCUAUGUGAUAUUUGAAAGAAGUAAUUGAGCCAAAUGUGGUUAAGGACCUCGUGGAGCAGUUCCCGUUGGACCUCAUCGAGCAACCAACGGCUCAUGUUAGCAGCGACCCUCGCGACACCUACAACAAUAUGUUGCUUUUCGUCGUCCGAGAGGACCGCAAACGAACCAACACACCCACGGAGAUGCACAUUUUCCAGGUGAACUAUUGAGUCUUUCACAAGUUUGGAUAACCAAAAAAAAAACAAUGAAAAUUCUCCUCCAACAUAAGGUGACCAAAGAAACAUGAAUAUUUGGAAUCCAGCCAAUGAAUACCCUUCUUCUCUUACCAUCACACGAAAAUUAAUGCGCUGAAUUUACGAGCGCCUGCGAGUUUUAAAUGAUAAGCAAAGCAGAUAUCGAAUCGUCGCGGUGUUUUGCAUACAUCGUAACGCGCAACAUUUUCUUUUAGAUUGGGGAUGCAAAGUAACUAAUAAAUGUUUCUGACAGGGGGGUCAUUUUAUUUUUGCGAUCGAGAAAUUCUUGAAAAUCAGCCAGAACACUUCCCGAUGUACCAGAUGGAGAUACUACAAGUCUCAACCUGCACAGCUUCCUAGUUUUCGAGAAAUGAGGGCUUAAAGUCAAAUUAAACCAUCGGAACACGUAAAAUUAGGAUUUUCCCAGCAAUGUGUCUAAAGAGAGAUAAAAUGAUAAUCUCGGGAUCAUCUAUCUCAGGAUAAUCUUCUCAUUUUUCCCUUUCCUUACUUACUGAGCGAUGAACACGGCUUAGUUGGCGAUUGAAAGAUUCAUUGAACGAUCAGGCUCUGUAAAACCGAAUAACAACUUAUCAGGGCCUGUCUGAAGCUUAGUUGAUUAGCAUCACCGAUAUAGCCGACUCGCGGCUGACUUCGGACGUGAGAACCCGCGGGACCAUAAAUGGGCAGACCAUUUUUAGAGGCCGCCGACCCUUCUUCCAAUCAAAGAAUACCUCCACCAACCAUACAGACUUUUUCUUUUUUGGGUCAAAACCCUUUUUCGAUGGCUCAAGCCAUUGGUUUUUCAAAUUUUUGGCAGACCCAAGUGCAGCACCAAAAAAGUCCCUGUAGUUUUGUAGUUUUGUAUUUUUGAGCAACACCAAAAAGAUCUCCAUGCAUUUGACAGUCCUAAGAGCCGCACUAAAAAUUUUCAUAGGCAGUCCUAAGGAAUAAAAAAUGACCUCUCCCAGGAACUAUCGAUUUUCUACUGUGAAUCAGUAACAGGAUUUCGAUUACUGUGUUUUUUUUUUACAGUGCAACCGAGUGGCGGCAAACGAAGUGGCCGACGACCUGCAGGCGUACAUCCGCGGACAGUUUCGUCGUGUCAGAAACGGACGCCGCAGCAGUUCCAGCUUCCCGCCGCAACAACGUAAGUUUUCAAUAUAUUUGGCUGAUCGGAUGGGAUUCUGUCCGUUCAUACAUCGGCUGGAUCUACCACCACCUUCCAGUCGACGUGUUUUUCUGUUUUAAUUGUCUAAAUAAGCGCUGGUCGAAAUUCAUAGUGAGGCUUUAAAAUGGCUGGUUAUCGCAUUGGGAAAUGAUUGCAUUUGUCGUCAGUAGGAAAAGAUCGUUUUUAAAGUUCAUUUCCGUUGAAUUGAGAUGUUUGGCGCCUUUUGAAAGUAUUAGAACUUUACAGAAUGUGAGCAAACUAGAGUUCAAAAAUUUAAACAAAAAAUUGAAACAAUGGGAAUGUUUUCAUUCAGUUUUUCAGCCGAAAGUUUGAUUUAUUGCAAUUUUUCAACCUAAAAUUCCAAUAAAAUAAGUAAAAAGAUCAAAAAAGCGUUCACCGUAAGUCGAGAAAGUUUUAAAAAAAAAUUGCUUCUUUUGUUUAUUAUGCUGCACAUGAGUUUCACCUGUGAAUUUUAUCGACUUUUUUUCCCACUCCGAGUCUCGGAAAAUUUGAUAAAAGACGCUGGAAGAGCCAUGUCAUUGUGGAAUGCGAGAGCGAUAAAAACCCAACUCUUUUCCUUGUCGUUUCGGCCUCUUUUUUAUUUCGAAUAACGUUGUUCGUGACGCGCUCGGUGAGGAUGUUUGAGCGGGUAAAAGUUAUCAAACGGCCCCCCGCCUCGGGCAAAUAUUCUUUCCAGCUUUUUUCGUUAGUUGAACUAUACUGAUAAUGUCAUUUUUUUUACUUUGAUGUGAAUUUUUUCCAAGCUGUCGGCGUGUGCUUUGUUGUAUCGAAAAUUAGGACCACAGCAGGGGGAUUUGUAUUUUUAAAAAGCGAUUUUUUUGAUUUUGAUCGAGGUUGGGGCUUCAUUACUGAAUCAUUUACCUGAGGUUAUGAUAAAAACUUUUUUUAACUUUUUUGAAUAUCACGAUUAAUGUUUUUUUACAAUUUAAUGAUUUCAAAUAAGUUUUUAGGUAACCAGUGUGAAAGUUCAUCACUCAGAAAUUUCGAAAUUAUUUCCAGUUCUUCAACUUUUUUUUCUCAUUGGAACUCAGAAGAGGUAGUUUCAAUUUUUGAGAAUCAGUUGAGGCAAGAAUGAACUUUCUACGUGGAAAAGGUGUUCUUUGUUUUUCAUAUUGUACGCGAGUUUUUAACUAAAUUCAAAGGGUUCAUGAAUUCUCAGGAAAAAAUAGGUUUUUGCAAAAUUAGUAAGAAAAUGUGCAUAAAACAGAAUAUCAAAGCUGCAAAAAAUAAUUUUUUUGCAAUUUUAAUAUCACUUGUUAUCUUUUUAUUGAUUUCCCUCACAAUACCAACUUUCCGGCCGUUAUCUUUGGCCUAUUUCGUUGUGUUUCUUGUUGAAAUUUUCCUCCUCGCUCAUCUUCCAGAAUAUAUACUUUUCAAAGUUAUAAAAAAAUUCAUUUUUCAGAAAUGCCCUUCUACCCGCCAGAUGAUGCGAGCAUCAGCAGCGAAUCGACAGAAUUAUUUGAACGCGAAGUCGUGAGUUUAUUAUUAUUUUUUUCGAAAAAUGAAUCUAUAUCAAAGUUUUGCAGAACACCCUGAAUCGUUGCUUCGACGACAUUGAACGUUUUGUGGCCCGGAUUCAGUCGGCUGCAAUCGCACAGAGGGAAAUUGAGCAGCAGGUUUGACUUUUUGUCGAUGACACAUAGCUUUUUUGUGGUUCUUUUUAAUGCUGAAUCGCUUAGGAAGGGGGGAAUCAUUGAGUGAUUAUUGGAGAAAGUAUUUGAAGAAACUAUAAAAAAAUUUAAAGAAAAAAAAAUUCAGAGUUGUUUACUUUGCUCGAGCUUCGAUAUUGUUUCAUUAGAAUAAUCCAAAAACCUUGUUUGAGGCUUCAAAAAUACUUCCUAAAGCAGUAAGCGGAAGGUUUUUAGGUAUAUCCCAAGUAAAGCGCAAAAAGCUUCCUCGGAACAGUUCCCCCCCCAACAAUGAAGAUUUUUUCCAACCUCAAAAAUAGAAACUCAGCCAACGAAACGUAAUAAAAAGACGCCGAUAAGGUCUUUCGAAGGUCUCUUUUUAGCUGAAUUUUUCUUUUUUGUUUCCGACUCAAAAUAUUGUUUGACUAGACUUGACCGUUGAUCUGCGCGGUUCUGGGAGACUAAAAGUUAUCUCCACUGUCAUUAUUUUGUAUUUGUAAACUCUCUUUCGAUUCUUGUUCUAAUGUGUUUUUGCAGAAUUAUCGCUAUCGGACGGCUCAACGAAGGGAUAAGCGGCAGAAUGCGCCGGAUCCGAACGGAAUCCUCUACAGACGAGCUCAGUUACCAAUCGAAGCGGAGUUCAUCGACGUCUUCAAGAAGUUCAAGCUGUCGUUCAAUUUGCUCGUGAGUCUUGAAUUGAGUAUUGAUAAUAGCAAAAUGUGCAGCUUUUAAGGAUUUAUGAGAGAAUCUUGAGCUUCAAUACUACCGAUUUUCAAAAGCUCUCCAACUCAGAAAUUCUGCAGGCAAAGCUGAAAAACCACAUCCACGAGCCGAACGCCCCGGAACUGCUGCACUUCCUGUUCACGCCGCUGUCGGUGAUCCUGGAGGCGUGCCAUUGGGGCCUGGGCCGAAACUUGGCUCCAUCCGUCCUCUCGCCGCUUCUUUCCUUGGAAGCACGAGAGCUCAUGCAGAACUGUCUGAACAGCCGCGAGAGCGACAUCUGGAUGAGCCUCGGCGAGGCCUGGCGCACUCCGCCGUCAGUUUUUUCAUUGAAGAUUUUGGAAGAUUCUUAAUAGAUGAUUUUUUUAUUUCUGGAAACGCCGUUAUUUUACAACUUCUUCGAAUUUAAACCUAUCAUGAUGAUCUUAGUUUCCCUACUAAGAGAAAGAAGCAUGUCUGGGAAACGAUGAAACCAAAACUCGAAUGAAACUUGAUUCAUGAGCAGCGCCUAAAUCUGUUGGCAGUUCUGAAAGCAGCGAUACAAAAUCCUUAUAUUUUAGGCAGUCCAAAAAACAGCACCAAAAAGCUAUCCAUAUUUUUUUGGAUUUGAACUUUAUUGGUUAGCAGCGCCGAAAUCCGUUGGCAGUUCUGAAAGCAGCAUCAAAAAGCUAUCCUUAUAAUUUUGGCAGUCCAAAAAGCUAUUCAUAUGAUUUUGGAUUUGAACUUCAUUGGUUAGCAGCGCUAAAAUCUGUUUACAGCCCUAAAAGUGGUGGCGAAAAAUUCUUAUAUUUUAGACAGUCCAAAACGCAGCACCAAAAAAAAAAAGCUAUUUAUAAGGUUUUGGACUUGGAAUUUAGUAGUUAGCAGCCCCGAAAUCUGUUCGCAGCACCAAAAAGCUUAUUUGGCAACACCCCGAACAACUCCUAGAAAGAUGAAAAUUUCAAAUUUCAUUCCAGAGAGGACUGGGCAGGAAACCUACCACCGCCUUACCGGCCAAUGUUCAUGGACGGUUUCGCGCCGUACGGCGUUGCCGACAGAGGAACUCCCGUGCCGAAUCCGCUGCAUCGAGGACAGUCUGCCCCGCCGGAACACUACAGACAGCCGCCGUCGUCGCGUGAACGAAACGCUCUCGAUACGGUAUAUAAAUUUAGCUUUGCGAGUUUUUUAGGAUUAGAAUAACGAACUGAUUGCGCUUCCAAGUAUUGGAGGUUUUUCAACUGGAUGAAAUUAUCAAGUUUUAAUGGUAUAGGGCUUCUCUGGAGUAUCUCCUUACUUCUUUACCCAUUUUUUUUUUCUCAUUGGUCACCUGUCCGCUGUCCUUGUUUCUGUGCAUGAGCUUUUGUUCCUUCAGGCGCCAAAUACGCCCGUCUCGUCCCGAAAUCGCCCGUCGCGUCCGCACCGCAACAUGAGCGUUGACAAUGUGAGUUUCUUUCGACAACUAUCCCUCAUGUUAUUUCCUAUUAUUUCCUUUUUUCCGAAAUUUAUUUCCUAGGGUGAAUUAUGGAAAAAAAGUGUUAAAGGGCGUGAUCUGAAAUGUCGUGGUCGCACGUAAAAUGGCCUGAAAUGUUGCGCUUGGAACUGAAAUCACAGCCGGUCUGACAUUCAGCAGCUAGCUUUUAUUGUCAGUGCGCGCAAGCCGCUACGGGUCGGGUGCAACUUCACGCGUCGAGCCAUUCCACAUGCGAACAAGAGUUCUCCAUUUGAAAAAAAUUUAAGUUUACAACAAUUAUCCGAAUCAAGAAUAUCAGGAAAUGAAAUUGGGCUAUCUUUUCGCAUGAUUUUUUUUCUGUCGCCUUAAAAAUAGGCAACUCCCACUUUCCCUUCAAUUUUACCCUCUCGUUUUCCUCUUGUUUCAUUCAGAUAUAUAGUUUUCCCUGGGAAAAACAAUUUGCACGUUUUUUGGUUUCUUUUCAUGCAUAUCUUACGUUGGUAGGCAUGGUUUUGUUGGAACUGGGGUCUCCUGAAAGAAAUUUUCUUUUUGAAAAAAAAAACUGAGCAUUUGAAGAAAAUUUUGGUUCAAAAAAGUUCCUGAUUUUUUGGAAUAUCUUCCAAUAGAUUCAUAGACGUUCAAAAUUUUUCCAGCUGGAACUUGAUCGGCUGUCAUUGGAACGAGAACGGCUGGAAUUCGAAAAGGCCAAGAUUGUCGAGAGGGAGAGUCGCCUGAGGGCAGAAGAGAAGCAGAUUGAGUGAGAAAAAUGAUGAACUCGGCUUUAUUUUCAUGAUACUGAUUAUUAUAGAGACGAGAAACGUCGCAUGCAGGCCGAGAAAAGUUUGAUCAAAAAGGAAAGUCGUGAAGAGCCGCCCGUCGUCAACAAUGCGCGAUACGAUCCGUUCGUUUAUCAUUUUUUAUUGAGGACCGAACUAGUGAAAAAAAAAGCAAAAUUGAGCUUUGAUAAUUAGGCAACGUUGGAUCAAGAGCGCUCCAACGAAAUCUUUCUCUGAUUGACUUGAAACUUGAAGGCCUUUUUGUUCAUUAGAGCGCACUUGUCAAGCUAAAUUCAACGGAAUAAAAGAAAUAAUUUUUUGGAAAAUCUUUGAGGUUCGAAAAAGUUGGGAUCAUGCAAGGCUUGCGUACUUUGCGUUAAGCAAAAAGAAACUGGCAGGUUUUGAGAAGGAAAAUAAGUGAUAAAAUUAAUAAAUCAACUGGCUUUUUUAUUGAAGAAAGAUGUCAUGAAAAUAACCUGAGGCUUAGAAGUCUUUUCGAAGAAACGAAAAUUAGGCUAACAAAACUGAAGUGAAGCGAGGAGAAGGUCCCAAAAAAGCCCAAAAAAAGUAAGACAGAGGGGUGAAAGCGGACAUAAACUGAAGCAAAACGGACAGACAUAUAUUUCUUUUUUUAUUAUUUUUUUAUGAAAAAUUAGGAAAAAUUCCAAAAAUUCCACCACUUCCAGUGUGCUGCCCCAGCCGUCGCCGGCACAGCGACAGCCACCGUACUCCAACGUUCGCGUCGUCGUCGACGCCGACACGUCGCCGCGACAACAAGCCUUCAUCGACGACGUCGUUUCGCGCGCUGGAAAACUCGUUGUCGCGACGUUUGACCGCGUCGCCCAGAACCCCAAGGAGUUGACCGUCAGCCGCGGCGAGUACCUUGAGGUUUGAGUUCAUUUCCUCAAACUAAAAUCUGAACUUUUCUAGGUGCUGUACGAUGAGAAGAACUGGUGGGAGUGCAAGAAUAUGCAUCAAAGAGUCGGAUACGUGCCACACACGAUCCUCUCCAUGGUGCCGCUCGAACAUCAGCAGCCUGCCUACGCCGUUCGUUUUUAUGAUUUUUAUAAAUGACUUAAGCAGUUUACGAGUUUAUUAUUUUUUCAGUAAUGGUUUUUCAGAUUUAGCAAUGAUUUUUAAAUGUAGAGGAUCGAGUAGCGUAAUAACAAUCAAUUAAUAUAACUGUUGAAAAAUAGAGUCAUUUUGUAUCUUUGGGUUGAAUUUGGAGACUUUGAACCAGUGAGAAAGUUUGUAGGAGAUUUCGAGGACCAGAAACACGUUUUUGGGCUCUCUUUGGGUAUCAAAAAAAUAAAAUGAAACUGACUCAAUUUUGAUUCCAAGAGCCGUUUGCAAGCCUAUUCUCAGUUGGAAAGUAAAGAAAAAAUUUGAAAUUCUUUUUCCGAUUUUAUUUUUUAGUUGUUCUCUUAUUUAGACGUUCAGAAGAGAAAUUAUUUUGUUGAAUUGAGAAAUAAUAAAUUUUUUUAACACUCGAACAAAAUCGUAUUGGUGGAUAUUGCCGCUGAAAGGAAGAGGCUCGAAAAAGGUCGCAAAAAGGCAGAAAAAAGAGACCUUCAAUUUUUUCUGAAAUUUAAAAGGCUCAAGAAAUGGUGGAGAAAGGAAGAGGCAGCAAAAAUGGUGCAUAAGAGGCGGUGAAAUAGCACAAAAAGGCAGCAAAAAAGGAGCUUUUGUCUUCCUAAAAGGAACAUUUCUACGCAGCUUUUUUUUCCACCCGUUUUGACUUUGUCCAUAGAAAAAGUCUGUCUUUUUGCUGCCUUACUGCGGCUUUUUUGAGCCUCUCCCUUUUAGCGGCCAUUAUCCACCAUUCCGACUUUGCCCGAGUCUAUGCCAGUUUUUGGAGAAAAAUAAACAAUGAAAAUCAAUUUUAUCAAAUUGCUCUUCCAAAUUAUCGUGAUUGGUUGCAAAGGACAAAACUUCUUUUUUUCAGUCGCCCAACGGUGGAGCGAUAUCGCAACGACAUCUGCCGCCAGCGCCAGGUAUGCUGCCGGACGACGCGCCGUCCUACGUGAAAGAGCGUCAGGGAAAACGCGGCGAAUUUCGCUACUUCUAAAUAAAACAAGAGAAUAAAUUCAAAAUGAAUCAGGAACGUCUACUCCCAACUGUGAUAUAGGCUUUUUAUUCAAUUUUUCUUUUCGAAUACCGUGUAACUGAAUGCUCAACCUUUUUUUUCAAUCUUCUUUUUCAACCAAAAACAACAAAUUUCUAACCUAUAACUGGGAUCGUUGGCUUGAGAAACGCGAUUGUUCAUGUCGGGAAGCUUUUCUGGAAUCUAAGCGAUGCUAGUACAAAUUUUGAACGGUCGCACUGCGAAUGGCUUGAAACGUAUAACCAUUCCAAAUGCGACCGGGAAGUUCUAAAUUGAAGGAAAAUCGAUAGCAGCCCCAAAAAUGGCCAUCAUGUUCUUAAGCCAACGGUGAAUACACUAAAAUCUUUCGAUUAACGCGACUAAUGCUCACUCGCCAAUACUAAUCGUUGGAAAACUUCUCUAUCUGCACGUUUUUUCCUCUUUUAAAAAAUAAUAGAAGAAAAUAUAUGUCUGUCCGUUUUGCUUCAGUUUCUGUCCGCUUUCAUCCCCUCUGUCUUACUUAAUUUUUUUUGGGCUUUUUUUUUGGGACCUUCUCCUCGCUUCAUUUCAGUUCUAAUAGCCUAUAUUUCAUUUUUCAAAAAGACUUCUAAGCCUCAGGUUAUUUUCAUGACAUCUUUCUUCAAUAAAAAAAGCCAGUUGAUUUAUAUUUUUUUAUCACUUAUUUUCCUUCUCAAAACCUGCCAGUUUCUUUUUGCUUAACGCAAAGUAUGCAAGCCUUGCAUGAUCCCAACUUUUUCGUACCUCAAAGAUUUUCCAAAAAAUUCUUUUCCUUUUUUCAGAUGUCCGUUUUCAUGAAUUUAGCUUGUCAAGUGCGCUCUAAUGAACAAAGAGGCUUGUCAAGAUUCAAGCCAAUCAGAGAAAUAUUUCGCUGGAGCGUACUUGACCCAACAUUGCCUAAUUCUCGAAGCUCAAUUUUGCUUUUUUUUUCUCAAAGUUCUUGCUUCUGCUCCCAUAUCUUAAUUGUGCCAAUAUUUGCAAGGUUUCUCUUUCUUUUUGCGCCUUUUCCUGAAAAUAUCUCUUUUAUCGAUUUUCGAAAGUUAUAUGUUAUGUUAUUGAUCUUGAGAAGAGUAAAUUAUUUAUAUAUAUGAAUCUUGCAACCUUUGUUCUGUGCACGUCGCAUUAAAAAAACUGAAAAAAAAAUCAAUUAAAGGGAGAAAGGUAUUUGGCGAGGAGCAUUGGUCGCAUUGAAGGGAAAGAAUCAAUAAUUAAACUUGGAAAUGAAAGAAAAAAAAAACUUUUUAAGUCGAAAACCAAUUAGUUUUAACUUCUUUUGGAAAAAAAUUAAAAGAUUUUCAUUUUAAAUAAUUUCAAAGUUUUCCGAUAGAUUCAGUGUAAAAUGUUCUAAAAAACUUGCAUCAAGGAAAUUUUCGAAGCAAAAUUUUGUGUAAAUUCAAAGAUUAAUCAGUGAGCCUCUACGAAAAUUUUCUCGAAAAAAAAAGUUUUUCAAAUUUUCCGAGAAGGCCAGAAGGAAAAAAACGAAUAGAUGAACAAGUAAUCUGAAAUAUUGAAGACUGUAACGGACGUAAAUUAUAAAAUGAAGUUUGGAACUCAAAACCAAAAAAAAAAACUGAGCAUUAUUAGUGGUACAAUCGACUCGACACAUGACCGUUUCCGACGCCGGCGUCCAGGUCGAAAUAAAGCAGCAGCAUCCGCCACAGCCACCACCACAACCGCCACAGCCAGUCUACGUUCCUCCGCCACCUCCUCCUCAGGUUAUCAUCGAUAAAUACAAGUUAACGUGAAAGAAAAAAAUUUGAGAAAAAGAAAAAAAUGAAAAUUUCGAAAAAAACGAAACUCCUCUUGACGUGUGCGCUGGCGCGACGUUUCACGAGAAAUAGUCGUCAUUUUUCUGCUCAAGUUUUCUUAUAUCCUGAUUAUUGUAAUCGCAGUUUUUCUUCUGCAAAACUGUUUUAAUUUCUUUUUCUGACUGGUUUUCAUCCUUUAUCAUAUUUCUUUUAGCAGCAAAAAAAAAUUUUUUUAAAAAAAUUUGAAAUUAGUUUUUAAUGAAAAAUUUGAUUUCUUUAUUAUUUUUCUGUAUUGAUAUUGAAGAUAAAUAAGUAAAUAUUCACUGUUUAUCUCUUUUUGACUCCAAAAAAAGUUUUUCUUGUCCAUUUAAAAUUUAUAAAAAAACUUCGGCAGUAUGUUAAAUUUCGUCAGCGGUGAAUGCACGAGAAACAUUAUAUUUCACGACUUUUUUGUAGGCGGAUUUUUAUUUGGAUACACCGUGUUUCGCUUCAAAGCUACGUUGAAAAAUUCGUAAUAACACGGCGAAAUAGACCGUAUAAGUCACUUAAGUAUAAUUGGUAGCCCUGGCAGAAUCUUUUGAAUUCAAGUUCUGCUGUUUCGAAGUUGAUUUCUUAUUUUAUCACAAAAAUAAGUGUUGCUCCCCUUUUCAAACUGUUUCAGAAUAUUUUCGUGUGAGAUUUUUGUUGUUUAAAAGCGCAAAUCGGGCUUUCCUCCUCUUUUUUGUUGCUUGAAACGAAUUUUGAAAUUCAGGUGAUUGUCGCUCCUCCGGCUCCACCUCCACCGCCAGCUCCCCCCAUUUCCGACUUCCAGCAGCGAAUUCAACAGAAAGCGUUGAAGCAAACUGUAAAUAUUCAGAUAUACAGGAAUUUACAUUGAAGUUUUGUGUUUUCAGAGUCAACCGGAGUCUCCGCGCGAAAACCUGUACUCCCCACCGCGUCCGGCCAUCGAUAUCUCACGUCGUACCGCAAGUCAUUUUCAAAUCUCAUUCUUUAAAACAUUGAGUGCAGUGAGAAAGGGUUGAGAGAUGUUACAGGCUUCGAAACGGGAAUAAUCCAUGUUAAAUUUGGUCAAACUGAAAUUUUGAUACAAAAAUUGUUUUGCCAGUUGUUUUGGUACAUGUUACAAGUGGACUGCGGACUGUGAUUCAGCAUGGCGUUUUUUUGGCGACACCAUAUAUUGUUUUCCGUAAAGUAUAGUGUGUCGUGUGCAUACACUGCGGCGCUCUGGCACACGCCGCGUUCAACGCAAUAUUCGCGAACUGAAAUUCAGUUAUAUUUUUCACUCUCUGGUGGCUAUUUUGACUUUCGCGGAAUUACUUUCAACACGGCAUGUGUUUUAAAACAAAAAAAAAACAGAAAAAUUGCGUUUAAAAAAAAAUGAGAAAUAUAUUCCUCUCGGGACCCAUUUAUGCGCCUUUAAUGUUCCUGUUGAUUACGCGUUUUUUUCCCAUGACGCCACAUGGGAACAGCGGAUAUUUUGACCACGCCUCCUUAAUAUUUGGUUUUUCAUUUUCUUCUACUAACAAAAACGCCGUGUCAGACAAUGCUUCAGAAACUUUUAAAAGUUACAAAAUAAGAUUUUGAAUAUUUUCAAAGGCACCAGACCUGUUUCAGACUAGUCUAAAGUGGUACGAAAAUUUUUCAAAAAUUGUUAAUUUUUUCUAUUGCGGUAGUAUUACGGUAGCUUCACAAGGACUUUUUGAGCGAGCAAAAAUUUCCAAAAAUCAGGAAAAGGGCUCAGAAUGUAGCGGAUGCUGUAGUUGGGGACCGGCGACUGCGUUCUAGGCUUUUACACGGGAUUUUGAUAUCAGUAUAAAUUAUUAAAGUUUUGAUUGCAGAUCCACAGUUGAUUGGAGAAUUGAGCGAGACGAUCAGCAGAAGAGAUGGAAAUGCGCUGAGAGCAGCUGGAAGCCGUCAAGCCAAGGUGACUGGGCAUUCUUCAAGGAAAAUGAGCCUUUUUUUUUAAAAUUUGUUAUGUGAGGGUCAAUAACGAGAUCAUUGAUUGGAUUUUGAAAUGAUUUUCCUCCAGGUAGCCAUUGAUGAGCGGUCGACACCUGAAGAAGUCUCCCUUUGGUUGCAGGUCAAAGGGUUCUCGCCAAGGUCAGUUUCAAUCAUUUGAUUUUAGAAAGAUCGGUUUUUUUUCAGAGUAAUCGACUUGCUCGAUGGCCAAGAUGGCGCCAACUUGUUCUCCCUGUCCAAGCUGCACCUUCAACAGGCCGCCGGCCGAGAGGAAGGAAGCCAUCUCUACAGCCAGCUUCUUGUUCAGAAGAAGCGAUCUGGGGUCGGUUUUGGAAAAUAUGGGAAAACCUAUCUCGAUAUUUGUCCGCUCUUUGAUGAAUAAUGUUUCCAAAAUUGGUGGGCAAACUCCAGUGGCCACUUAGAAGGUGUCUCAUUGACUACUUGGAAAAGACGCUACAGAGGCCACUAAAGCCACUUCUUGAGAGCCGCUAUUUUGCGACUAUAGCAUCACCUAAAAACUCUAGAGUGGUCCCUAUAGAGACGGCCUUUAGGGCCCUUGGGUAACACUUUACCAACUUCUAUAAGAGCCACUAAAGCUUGUAAAACCCUAUAGGGAUCACUUUUUCGGCCUCUACAGGAGCUGUUUUUCACCUUAAUCCCCGUAGGGACUACUCCAAAACUCUUAAAUAUUUAUCGGUACAUUUAUAUCACUUGGACAUCUGAAGAGGCCGUUAAAGUUUAGUCACUUAAGUGGCCACUAAUUCGACAGCUACAAUGGCCUCCAAAACGCCAAAAAUCUAAAAUUUCAACUUAAGCCUGUCCUAGAAGCUCUCAAUAAUUCCCCCAAUCGAACUUUUUUUUCAGAAUUUAAAAUUUAUCUUUUGAAAAAUAAGCUUACAUAAAAACCCUGUAGUGGCCACUAUAGGGAUUUGACGUUUUAGUGGCCACUAUAGUAGUCAAAUUAGUGACCACUUAAUGGGUUAAUAAUUAGUGGCCACUAUAGAGUUCUAAGUACUACUACUAGACUACUAAAAAUCCUAGUGAUCACUUUAGGGGUCAAUGGAUCAACACAACUGGUCCAAUAUGUUUGUUUUAAAAUUAUCAGAGUUACUGGAAAGAAUACUGGAUAAAAAACUACUGAAGUGGCUACUAAAUAGAGAAACACUGCAGAGACCACUCAAACGGAAAAUAGUGGCCACUAUGGAGGUGGGAUUAUUGUCCUCUCCAAGUAGUCCUUGGCGAGCCUCUAUGGUGGCCACUAAACAUUUUCCCAGUAUCCUGGAAACUUGGAAAAAAAGUCAACAGAAAAAUUUUGCGUUUGCUCAUCUUUAAAGGCAUAGGGGCAGUAAAAAAUGGGGUUUCAGGUAAAAGCAGUAUCUUAUAUAGUUUUUCUUUGCGAAUCGAAUGGUGUACUCAAAACAAUUACAGAUGUGACAACUUUAAAAGAAAAACGCGAUUUUACUUUCCCGCCUUUAGUUUUGAAAAAAGCUUUGGAUCGGCCUACGGACAAAUGUUUACAGUAGCCGUGCACGCGAUAUUGCGGACGUCUCAUUAGACUCGCAUUUUGUGAGAAAUAACCGGCUCUCUGCUUCAAAUUAAGGGUUUCUUUUCUGAAAAAAGGUUUAGUCAAACAAAAAACACACACCGAUAAUAAAGGAAACACAAAAUAACGCUAUCCCAAUCGAAACCGAUGUAAAAUCAUCAUUUUUCACCAAAGAAGCAUUUUUGCGAUCAAAGUUUGCAAAUUAUACAUGAAUAGAAAGUUUUUGGGACAAAAAGAACUGUGGUGACAACAGGAAAAAUUGAAAUUUGAAAGAAACGAAGAAAAAAGCGAAAAUCCGGAAGAUGGGAAAGCCUGUUGUCCAUAGAGCAACUUUACUGCAAAGUGCCCUUUUUGCGGGAACUCAAACUUUCUUCUCUCCGACUUUGAAUUAUUUUUUCUCCAGAACUAGGAAGUUCGGUACGUUUUCAAGUUUACCGUUCGAUUCGCAAUGAAAAACUCUACAAAUUACUGCUUUGAACUGAAACCGUUUUUUACUGCCCCUAUGCCUUUAAAUUGGAAUAUUCUUCAGUUCCGAACGCACACGGCCGACGAACUGAAGGCGAUCCUGCAUCAACGGCGGCACCAUGUCGAACUUUCCAACGAGACUCCAGCCAACGAGCCGACUUUUGCCGUAAAUGGACAUUAA